AUGCCUCGGACCACACCAGUAGGAAUACACCCCAUCACAUCAGCAUACGUAGAGACUUCCACUAUGUCUAUUAUUUCUGAUUCCUCUAACAAUUCCCCUGAGCGCCUUCUGCACACAACCGCCACUGGAAGCACUCUCGAAGAGAACUGUGAGACAACUUUCCACAAAAUUAACCAACAGUACAGCAACCAAUUUUCAUCAACAUUGCUUAACAUCGCCUGUACCACCUGUGUCCACCGAUUGACCAAUGCAAAGCUCUCCAUUCUCUGCAGGGUUUACCGGAGAGAAUACAGACAUCUCCUGGCUUUUAUAUUUGCUAUUGAUGAGAUAAACCGCAGUCCAGAUAUUCUUCCCAACAUAACUCUGGGAUAUCAUGUGUAUGAUUCUUGUGGGCAUGUGAAUAAAGCUAUAAAAGACGUUCUACAGAUAUUGUCUGGACAUACAAAGGAAGCCCCAAAUUAUUCCUGUAUGGAGCGGGGUGCCCUGGCUGGUUUCAUUGGAGAUCUCAUUUCUGACACCACUCUCCAAAUGGCCCAGCUGCUGAGUCUAUAUGGUUACACCCAGAUUAGUUAUGGAGCCAGAGAUACUUUGCUGAGUGAUAGAAAGAUGUAUCCAAACUUUUUCCGGACAGUUCCGGAUGAUGAGAUGCAAUAUGUGGCCAUAGCAAAGUUACUGGAAAGGUUGAAGUGGAACUGGGUCGGGAUCCUUACAUCUGAUGAUGAAUACGGAGAGAGGGAGAUCCGACAUCUCAGCAAACAUUUAUCUGAUCAUGGGAUUUGUAUUGAAUUCAAGAUUCUGGUGUCUAAUGAGAACUGUAAGAAAAUUCCUCCAGAGCUGCGGAGCUCAACCACGGAAGUUCUUAUUAUUUGUGGCUCCGUUAGUCUGACUUAUUACCGGUUUUUGUAUCAUAAUGUCCCUUAUUACACGGAGAAAACAUUUAUUAUACCAGAUUCUUGGUCAAUGACUGAAAUAUUUUUUGCUCUCAGUAACUGCAGCUUGGCGUUUACAUUCCCCUAUCUCCACAUAAAGGGAUUGCUGGAAUAUUUUUAUAAUAUUUAUCCAUCCAGCCGCCCAAAUGACCCCCUGAUGGAGGAUAUUCUCAUAACUGAAUAUAGAUGCUUUUCAAACAACCAAAUGAAAAAUGUCAUAAUCCCAAUUAUACAUAAUUAUAUAGAUCCUCUUAGGAAUUGCGAUGAGAAACUUCGACUUCAUUUAUAUUUUCCUGAUGAGAAAACAUCCUAUAGAGUGUAUAUCUCAGUCUACAUUUUGGCUCAGGCAUUACAUGACAUGGAUUUCUCUUUUAAAAUAAAUAACAAAAAAUCUGAAAUAAAUUCACACACACUAAAGUAUAAGCUCUUCACCUUUUGUGUCUGCUACGUUGUUCCUACCAUACCCGCCGGGAAUAAGGUGGGCUAUGUGAAGGCUUCCCAUGGCCACGGUCGAGGCCUACCCCAGCAUCUACCAGGACCAGACUCUGAAGAAGAUGUUGCCCUCGCGGAGCCCAUGACAGGAACUGAAGAGUAUGCGGACUCUGAUCUGGACUCUUUGUCAGAUGGUGGUGAUGACCACUGGUUCGAGCCAGAGCUGUCCUGCUAUGUAAAAGAAGUCCAGUACAAGGAUCAGAAUGGCAAGGUCAUGAUUUUUAAUGAUAAAGGAGAACUGCCCAGCCCAAUGGAAAUUGCAAAUUGGAUUACAAGAAUUACAUAUACAAAUCUCACUGAUUGGAUGCUUGUGGGUCACUUUGAUGGGUCCCUUUCAGAGGGUCAGCAACUUACACUAGAUCCAGAGCUAAUAACAUGGAAAGGAGACAAGCCCAAUGCACUAAGGGAAAUACUAUUGCUAGUUGUGAGACAGCACAAGACAAUUCAUUUCCUCAGAAGUUCUGACCCCGAUGCUCAUUAUGUUUGUAUUGUUCUUCCUGCAGACAGUGAAAACUGCAUGAGAUGUCCUGAUGAUGAAUGGCCAAAUGAGAGGAAGGAUCGGUGUGUUCCAAGAGUGGUGGAAUUUCUCUCCUACACUGAUGAUCCCAUUGUUGGAGUAUUUUCAGCUGUCUCCAUCCUCUGUUGUCUUCUGACUGGUUUAAUAUUGGUGAUAUUUAUACAUUACCAGGACACUCCCAUUGUUAAAGCCAAUAACCGGGACCUGAGCUAUCUUCUCCUGGUCUCCAUCAUGCUGAGCUUCCUCUGUGUCUUCUUGUUCCUCGGCCAUCCAGUAGAUGUGACCUGCAUGCUGCGUGUCACCUCUUUUGGUGUCAUCUUCUCAGUUGCCGUCUCUUCUCUACUUGCCAAAAGUAUCAUGGUGUGUAUUGCUUUUAAAGCCACCAAACCUGGGAGCCCCUGGAGGAAAUGGAUGGGAGCCAAACUGUCCAAUUCUAUCAUUUGUAUCUUCUCACUGGUUCAACUCAUAAUCUGUGUCACUUGGUUGUCUAUUUCUCCCCCCUUCCAGGAUCAUGACACUCACUCUUAUCAGGGGAAGAUCAUCAUUCAGUGUAAUGAGGGUUCAGUGAUCGGCUUCUACUCUGUCCUGGGAUAUAUGGGGCUUCUGGCAGCUGUGAGCUUCAUUAUCGCUUUUUUAGCCAGGACAUUACCGGACAGUUUUAAUGAGGCCAAGUACAUCACCUUCAGCAUGCUGGUGUUCUGCAGUGUCUGGAUUGCCAUGAUCCCGGCCUAUCUGAGCACCAGAGGGAAAUACAUGGUGGCUGUGGAGGUUUUUGCUAUAAUGGCCUCAAGUUCUGGACUUCUUGGCUGUAUAUUUUUCCCAAAAUGUUACAUAAUUCUGUUCAGACCUGACCAGAAUACAAAAGCAGCUAUCCACUAAAAUGUAUGGAGGAAAACUGGGUUACCAGUAGUUAUAACAUUAUCUCUAUUAUUGUUAAUUUUAGUAUUUUGCUAGAGAAUUGAGAAUGAACAUUGUUAUAUAUGAACAUUUAAUACUUACCUCUCUGAUGGAUGGUGAGUUUAAUUUCUGCUCUGGACACCGCUGGGAUCAAACACUUUGGGUUGGUUGGAAACCUUGUCCCCUGCGGGGUGUAGUGGUUCCUCCCACCAGCUGUUACAUCAUUACAGAACAAUAUAGUCACUCAGUGAGGAGGAACCACAGUGACCAGAGGAGGACAAAGUAUCCAAAUCGUCCUAAAGUGUCAGAUACCAGAGACACCAUCACUCUUCAAGAGAGGGAAGACUUCACUCACCACCUUCCCCGAAGAUAAAUAUUAAACAUGUUCUUUUAUAAGCUGAUUGUGAUGUAUUUUUAGUGUCAGGGCCACUUUAUUAUAUUGUAUGUAGAUGUA